AACCAAACACUUGGUUGAGUAAAAUUAAAGCUAGUUUUUCAAAAGCUGUGCGACUUCACUUUAUCUAAAUAUGCCAUCUCCUUUUCUCCCUCAAAAACAGAAACAGUACAUGCUUACAAAAUACCCUCUAUUUAUUUAUUAUUAUCAUUAUUAGUAUUGUUAUUAUAACUGCCGCUUAUAAUAAAAGCUGAUGAAUAUGAUUCACGAAACACAAAUUUCGGACAAAACUAGAAAAAAUAAAAUCAUGUUUCCUAACACCAUCAAUGUCCAAGAAAAUCCUCGCCUGCCAACGAUUUCUCUUCUCCCCCUUUUUCUCUUCGCCAUUUUCUUGAUUAAAAAACGGCUUAUUACCUCUCCAAAACCCUCGAAGAAUCUCCCACCAUCACCCCUAAAGCUUCCUAUAAUCGGGAAUCUGCACCAAAUGGGCUCGAGCCCGCACAGGAAUCUCUCAUCUCUGGCCCAAAAACACGGGCCGGCGAUGCUGCUCCAUCUCGGCAACGUGCCAUUUCUCGUUGUCUCCUCAGCCGAUGCAGCUAGUGAGAUAUUGAAAACCCAUGAUCAAGUCUUCUCAAAUAGGCCCUAUUCAUCUGUAGCAAAUGGGAUUUAUGAUUGCAAAGACAUAGCUUUUGCUCCCUACGGUGAGUAUUGGAGGCAGGUGAGGGGCAUUUGCGUCAAUCACCUCUUGAGCAGCAGGAGAGUUCAAUCUUUCCGAAGUGUUAGAGAGGAGGAGGUGCUGUUGAUGAUGGAGAGGAUUAGGGAGAGUUCGAAAUCGGUGGUGAAUUUGAGCGAUGCGUUUGCUGCCUUUGCUAAUGAUGUGAUUUGCAGAGUGGCCUUAGGCAGGAAGUUUAGUGAUGGUGGGAAGUUCAAGAAGGUUCUGGAAGAGUUGGGGGUGUUGUUGGGUAGUUUCGACGUGGGCGAGUUCGUUCCGUGGCUUUCUUGGACCAAGUAUGUGAAUGCGGUAAGUGGUAAGGUUAGGGAAAUUGCCAAAGAUCUUGAUGAGGUUUUGGAGUUUGUGGUGAGGGAGCACAUGGAUGAGAGAGGUGAGAGAGGCGGAGGCGAAGGCAAGAAGGAUUUUGUGGAUGUUUUGCUUGAUGUGCAGAGGAAUGAGAGGGAUGGCUUUGUUCUUGAUGAAAUCUCCAUUAAAGCUCUCAUUUUAGACAUGUUUGCAGCUGGGACAGAUACAACGUCCACACUUCUCGAGUGGACGUUGUCCGAACUCAUACGACACAAGAAGAUCAUGGCCGAAUUGAAGACAGAACUGAAAAGCAUUGCAGGCUGCAAUUCGACCAUAACCGAAGCAGAUUUAGAUAAAUGCCAGUAUUUGAAAGCUGUGAUCAAGGAAACCUUGAGGCUGCACCCUCCUCUCCCUCUACUCGUUCCACGAGAAUCAACACACGAUGUUAAACUGCUAGGCUAUGACAUUGCUGCAAGAACGCGAGUGGUCAUCAACGCGUGGGCUAUUGGGAGGGAUCCGUUACUUUGGCAAGAUCCAGAGGAGUUUUUGCCAGAGAGAUUCUUGAAUAGUUGUGUUGAUUUGAAAGGGCAGUUUCAGUUCAUCCCAUUUGGCGCUGGCCGGAGGGGAUGUCCUGGCGCUGCAUUCGCCCUCGGAGCUGUGGAGCUCGUGCUGGCAAAUCUAGUGCUCCGAUUCGAGUUUGCAUUACCAAGUGGAGAGAGGGGGGAAGAUCUGGACAUGGUUGAAGGUGAUGGGCUCACUAUUCAUAGAAAGUUCCCACUAUGUGUUGUUCCUAUUUGUGAGUCUUGAGAAACUAUGAUACUAUUGGAAAGAGCGUACGUUGUAUGCAUAAUUAAUGUUAUCUUAUUUGACAAAAUAAAAAAUAUAAAUAUAAUACUCCAUCCGUCCCAUUAUUGAA